AUGGCGACAGUAAAAACAGAUGUCACAGGUAAAGACACGUCCAGGUUUAAAACUCUCUUCAACAUGGGGAUCUCUCCAACAGGGUGCAUCACUGGCAUGGCUGGGAGCCUCAUCCUGGCCAUACAUGGGGCCAGGUGGGCCAGGAGCAAAAGACUCCCUGUUAGUGACUGCAUUUGGGUCAUGUUGAGCUUUUUCAGGAUCUUGUUAAAGGAAUGGAUAAUGCUGGAGAAUACUUACAGCCUACUUUUCUGGAUCACUUAUAACCAAAACACAGUGUAUAUACUUUUCCAAGUCAUCGUCAUUUCUCUCAGCUAUUCCAAACUCCGGCUUGCUGCCUGGCUCAGUUUUUUGCCUUUGAAUUACAAACUUCAUUCACCUUUGUUCUCCAUGAUGAAGAGGAAAAUCAUGGUGCUGAUGGCUUGUCUUCUGAGGAUAUCCCCAUUCAUCUCCUUAUGCUUCAGCUUCCCCUUCUCGACAGAUACCCUCAAUGCGUAUGGAAACAGUUCCACUCCUAUCCCCUCCUCCAACACCACUGAGGAGUACUUUCCUGAGACCAGUGUGGUCAACCUGGUUCUUCUCUAUGACCUGAGGAUUUUCAUUCCUCUGAUCAUGUUAUCCAUGCUGUCACCCUGCUGAUCAUCUCUCUCAGGAGACAGACACACUCUACACAUGGAAAGCAAUGGCACAAGCUUCAGGGCCCACAGCAUGGAGGCUCAUGGAGCCCUCAAAGCUAUCAGCUACUCCUGUAAUUUAAAUAUCAGAAUGUUUGAUGUUGUCCCAGGGGGCCUUUAA